UUUCUAGAACUUGGCCUUGUGCUCUUUUGUUGUGUGAUGUGAACCUUAGGGGAUUAAAAUACAAAUGUGGUUGUGUGAAUACAGCAUUCUACUGAUUUGCUCUGCUAGCAACCUUCUUUUGAAAAUAAUGGUACAAAUGAGUAAAAGUUAUUUAGUACUUUUAAUACAUACUGAAAAUGUAAAAAAGGCCUGUGCUUUCUUUCCCUGCAGUAGUAGUAGUAGUAGUAUUAACAUGUAUAUAAGAUAUGCAGUGUAUAAAUACAUUUGCCCAUUACCACCCUGUACUUGAGGAACUCUUUGUUCAGUAUACACAGUAUGUAAAUGCAUUACUAAAGAGAUAACUUCCAGCCUUUGUGGAAAAAAGCCCUCGAGGGAGGAAGUGAUAUUCACUUGUUACCUGCCGUAACCAAGGGCAACUGUCACCAAGCUAGCAACUCACCUGGGUUAUACCAUAUCCUAUAUAUCUGAAAGGGGUGCUUAACAAUAAAAGGAACAAAACAUGUUAUAAGAACAAAAGCUUUCAAUUUAAGCAUAGAACUGAAUGUCUAUUUGAUGACUUUUUUUUUACGCUUCCUUCAAAUUCUCUUGUACGGGAGUAUAUAAGCAGACUGCUCCUUGCAAAAAUUUGGAAAGCCCCAAGUGCUUUCAUUGAAAGUCUGGAAGCUCUUGAAGAGAAUUCUGUACUGGAAAAUCAACCCAAAAGCUCAGCAAAUAAAGAUGGAUGUGACAGUGGAUUCUCAUAGGACACUUUCCACAUUCCAUGGCUUUGCUCCAAGAUCAAUUAUUAUGGAUCGAUACACCGUUCACCAGAGGCUGGGCAGUGGGUCCUUUGCUACAGCUUACCUGGUGACGGACGCCAAAGAUACAGGACACCAGAAAGUCCUUAAAAGAAUUCCCUGUGAAGGUCUGAGGCCAGAUGCCACCCUACCUUCAGCCAGGGAAGCCAAGCUCCUGGGCAGCCUCAAGCAUCCAUUUAUUGUCAGGUUCUUUAGUAGCUUCUUGGAGAAGGAGGAUUUCUGCAUCAUCACUGAAUUUUGUGAGGGUGGGGAUCUUCAGAAUCGCAUCCAGCAACAAAGAGAGAAAAGACAACUUUUUCCUGAAGAACAUGUCAUGGAAUGGUUUAUUCAACUCCUUCUUGGGGUCAACUAUCUGCACGAGAGGUUAAUUCUGCAUCGAGAUCUAAAGACCAAAAAUGUCUUCUUGAAGAAUGGAACAGUCAAAAUUGGUGACUUUGGAGUAUCCCGUAUUUUGUCAAUGCCAUCAGACAUGGCAACAACAUUCACUGGAACACCUCACUAUAUGAGCCCAGAGGUCCAUGCACAUUAUGGAUACAAUGCCAAAUCUGAUAUCUGGUCACUGGGUUGUAUCCUGUAUGAGAUCUGUGCUCUGAGGCAUGCAUUUGACUCUCCCAACUGGAUAAAGCUUGUGUCUCAGAUUGUUGAAGGUCCUUGUCCUUCACUUCCAAAACAGUAUUCAGCAGAGCUCAAUGACAUCUUGAAACGAGUUUUGAAUAAGGACCCACAGCAGAGACCCAGUGCCAGCGAAAUCUUGCAUAUGCCGAGCGUGGUAGACCAUGAAAAGGUUCUGUCCUUAUGGCUACAGGAAGCACUACAUGAGGGAAGACAAGACUCCGGGAUUGAAGAUGCUGCCAGAAUUGCUGCAGAAAUGCAGGAGAAAUUGCAUCUAGAUAGUCUUCGAGUUAUGAGACAGGUGCAGGAUAUGGCACCACGCCAACGCAGGAGGAUUCGGAAGGAAGAGCAACAAGAAACAUACAUGAAAAAGAUUAAGAGAGCAGCGGAUCGCAUAUAUAAAGAAAAGCACCAGAGAUUUGGCCAAAGCAGAAGAUCUGAAUUAAAUGAAGACAAGGACCAAAGGCCAGCAGAUACCAUGCAUGUUUUAGAAGGCAACAGCAAAGACUCCUAUAGUGACAGUGAAGAAGAAAGCAGUGGGGAAAUAGAAGAUGAAUCCCUGAGUUCAGUUCUUACUAUGUCCAUGCCACUUUCAGAAGAGCAGAGCAGCACCCUAAGUGCAUACCAGAGCUGUCUGCAGCGCUUUCUGGAUUCCAGUACUAAUGGAUAUGGAGUUGGGACAAGUGGCACUUUUACUUCUGAUGCUAGUAUGUUCAGCUGCGAUGAGGAAGAACUUGCACGUCUCAAGCUGGUCUGUGUGCAGUGUUUGGGAGAAGAAGGAUUCCUGAAGGUUUAUGAAUACCUAAAACAAGUCUAUAACCAACAGGACUCUGACUAUGAAGAAAAUACCCUAAUUGAACCCCAAGAGAUUCAACUAUACCCUGAACAUUGCCAACAAGUUCAGCAGCUCCUUUUUUUGGAAGAGAGAAUGAAACAAAAGAGUUUCCAGUUUUCCUGGCUCUAACUUUUCCCUUUUAAUUUUGACUCUGGACAUGUAGUUGUCUUACUGAGUCUCAAACAUUGUAUAAGGAGUUUUUAUGUUCCCCUGUUUCUUUGUUGGUAUCAUCCAGGUAUUCCUGUUUCCUCCCUUACUCCAACAUACAGGCAGGUUAACUGGCUCCUGAUAAAAUUGACCCUGCUGUGUGUGACCUUAGAUUGUAAGCGUCACUGGGGCAGGGACUCAUAUGAAAUGUAUAAUAAGUGCUAGUGAAUAUGUCAGUUCUAUAACAAUAAAGAAUAAGAGUAAUAAUACAAGGA